GCCUAGCAUCCCAGCUCCUCCUCGCGUGGCCCGUGCCCUUCUGGUCCGCUUCGUCGCGGGAGCUGGCUCGGCCCGGAGCGGCGCGCCGCACGUCUGAGCAUGCCCCGCUACGAGCUGGCUUUGAUCCUGAAAGCCAUGCAGCGGCCAGAGACCAGCGCUGCGUUGAAACGUACAAUAGAAGCCCUGAUGGACAGAGGCGCAAUCGUGAGGAACUUGGAAAACCUGGGUGAACGAGCACUUCCGUAUAAGAUCUCUGCCCACAGUCAGAAGCACACGAGAGGAGGGUACUUCUUGGUGGAUUUCUAUGCCCCCACAACAACUGUCAGUAGCAUCAUGGAGCACUUGUCUCGGGACAUCGACGUCAUCAGACGGGGUGUUGUGACACACCCACUGACCCAGGAAGUAAAGGAUUGUGAAGGGAUUGUCCCGGUCCCACUGGAAGAAAAAUUAUAUUUCAUCAAAAGGAAGAAGUGAGAUGGGCCACCUGAUUGUAGCUUUAAUUUUAAUCCUCUCACUUGUGAACACCACGCGUUCAGAGUUUACAACCUGACCUUUAUAUAGGAGUGUGCCGCCGGUGUCGUUUGCGUAUCUAAGAUAUUUUUAGUUCUUGUUCUCCUUUCAAGGAGAAGUGAGCAGACAGCUCACUUAGAGCUCCAUGAUCCCCCCUGCAUUCAUUUCUUUAUCAGUGACCACUUUUUGCCUUGUAACACCAUCUCCAUUUUGCAAAGCAACACUUAUAAAACGGCUGGGGAUUGUAAACUGGUCAAUCAAACUGAAUGUGUGAAAAUAAAUCUGUAAAGCGAC